AUGCUCGAAAAACACUUUUUACAUAUAGUGGAGACAUAUAAGCACCAUCCUUUAUUUUCAAGUAGUGCACUUUUAGGCGCUAUUUUAUUUUACUACCUUGUUGCUGUGCCGUUCUUUCUCUCUCCCUUGAGAAAGAUUCCAGGUCCAUACUGGAACCGUGUUAGUAAAUGGCCAUCACUUAAUGGACAAAGGACAAAUGAAUGGAUUGGGAAAGUAAACAGUCUUCAUCAUAAAUAUGGAGAUGUAGUAGUUUUAUCACCGUCUGAGAUCUCGGUCAAUGGCUCUCCCGACAUGAUCAAUGACAUAUAUGUCAAAAAUUUUUCCAAGGGCUGCUUUUAUGAAAACUUUCGGAACCAUGGAAAUCGAGUGAACCCAUUUUCAGAGCUGAACAAUGAGUGUCAUUUGAAGUAUAAAAAAAUUUUGAUGACCAUGUAUCUGAAGACUGCCAUCUUUUCAACACUGAAUCCAACUAGAAAACAUUUGGUAAAAAUAGCAGGCAAAUUGGUUAAAAGAGUGCGUACUGACAUGAGUGCAUCAAAGGCAAAUAACGAAGGAGCAGUUGAAGUUUUUUCACUUUUCUCUUGCUUGGCAAUGGACGUUAUUCUGGCAUUUGAGUUAGGACCUUCUUGUGGUACCGAUCUUAUUGAGAAUCUAGAGGAGAGAGAAAUCGUCAAAUUGUAUAGGGUCAGGGAUAGUGUUGCCUUUUGGACAACUUUUUUCCCUCGUAUUUUUCGGUUUAUCGCAACGAAUGAUGUCAAGAACGCUUUUAAAAAAAUCGAAAGCUGGCACUUUUCAUUAUAUUCGAAAGCUGAGGAAAAGAGUGAAUCACCUAGUAUUCGUGCAUUGAAUGGAAAAGGCUUUUUUGGAAAGGAUGCAUAUAGUUUCAUAACUGAUAAUAUUUUUGCCGGUCAUCGAACCACAGCUACUCAGCUUACUUACUUUUGCUAUGAGUUAUCUCGGCCAGUAAACAAUGUUUGGCACAGAAGACUUAAAGAGGAACUAUAUGGACACUUUGGGGUUCCAAAAAGUGAAGAUAGCGUCAUUGAUGAUCUCGAAGCAAUCGAUAAGCUUAUUGUAUUAGAUGCACUAUUGCAAGAAAAUUUGCGUGUACAUUCUUCCAUUCCUGGAGCUGAACCAAGAGUCGUCGAUCGAUCAUAUGAAGUAGAAAUCCCGGAUUGUGAUACUAUGAAAAGAAUUCUAGUUCCAAAAGGUACGGUAAUAUCUUGUCUUCCUUUUUCUAUGCAUAGACAAGAAAGCGUCUUUCCUUCUCCGGGGAAAUUCUCUCCUGAGAGGUGGUUAAAAAGUCAAAACGAAAGCGAAGAAGAGUUCAAGUCUCGAGUCUCCGGACAACAACGUUUUAUGAUGCCGUUUGGUAAAGGCAUACGUCUGUGUUUGGGGAAAAAUUUAGCCCUCAUUGAAAUCAAAAUAGCACUUGCAAACUUGUAUUGGCACUUUUCUUCCAUGAUAAGUGAUCAAUGGUGCUACGUGGAAUCUAGGAAGCCAUCCGAUAUUCUCAUGGGUCUUAAAAAUAGAGGUCUGAACAAAACGGAUGAAGAAAAAAUGGUGAUGGUUGAUUCUUACACCACACAUCCUUUGAAUGGAGAAUGUUGGUUGAGUUGGCUCUCUUGA